GACUUCCUGCCAGAAGCUGCUAAACAAGUGCAGUGGAGACUGCAGGCAAAUAUUAAACUGUGGAAAUCUCUGUCAGCGUUCAGGCCGCCAGGGAUUCUCUCUCAGGGAAAGCCUCGACUAGUGACCAUGAUGAACAUUUUCAGAGGUGACUUGGGGGCGCUGGGUGCACAGUAACGAGCCCUCAACGUCCAGGAAUGGAAGAGCAGUGAUGACAAAAACACAGAGCAGUUGUGGGUGGAACUGGAAGGAUACAGUUUCCAAGAGAAUAGCAUUGAGUGGGGCUUUAAAGAGCCAGCCCCGUUGGUUCUUUCCCUACGCGCCAUGCCUCUGAGCACCGCUGAUGUGGAAGGACUGGAGAGUCCUCUCAGAUGAACCAUGUGAAGUCCAAGCGGCGGAACAGGGCAGGACACUGGAUGCUGAGCAGCACGCUGCAUGUGCGCUGUGGGUUACAGAGAGUGUGGAUUUGCUGUAAAUAUUGUCCCCCACAGCGGGAUACACUUGAGCAGUUGAGGAGGGGAAGGUAUCACAUUGAGGCAGGAGCACCCAGGGAGGAUGGAGAGAGCGAGACUGAGCUUUUUGACUAAUUGCCAACAGCGAUCGUCAGCCCUCUGUAGCGAGUGGGGAGUCCAGAGCCAUGUCUGACCGGGAGGAUCCCUCGUGGAGACGUCUUCCAGCCAAGCACACGCUGGCCCCUCAGAUCUCCAUGGAGGCCCCCAUCUGUCUGAUCGAGACCAGCCCCGAGGGGACACUGGCGGUGCGGCCGGAGGCGCUGCGGGUGCUGGAGGGCAUCACCCAGCCCGUGGUGGUGGUGGCCAUCGCCGGGCAGUACCGCACGGGCAAGUCCUACCUCAUGAACCGCCUGGCCGGGAAGAACAAAGGCUUCACCCUGGGCUCCACCAUCCAGGCUCACACCAAGGGCAUCUGGAUGUGGUGCCUGCCCCACCCCCGCCGGGACGGCCACACCCUGGUGCUGCUGGACACCGAGGGGCUGAGCGACGUGGAGAAGGGCAAUGGGAAGAAGGACACGUGGAUCUUCGCCCUGGCCGUUCUCCUGAGCAGCACCCUGGUCUAUAACAGCCUGGGCACCAUUGACGGCCACGCCCUGGAGAAGCUGCACUACGUGACGGAGCUGACGAAGCACAUCAAGGUGAAAGCGGCAGAUGCUGAGGACGGCUGGGUGGAGGGGGAGGAUGCGGCUGAGUUUGUGCAGUUCUUCCCGGACUUUGUCUGGGCCGUGCGGGACUUCACCCUGCAGCUGGAGAUGGACGGGCACCCCGUCACCGAGGAUGAGUACCUGGACUGGGCCCUGAGGCCGGAGUCAGACAGCAACGAGAAAACCACUGAGGCCAAGAAAUGCAUCCGGAAUUUCUUCCCCUCCCGCAAAUGCUUCACCUUUGACCGUCCAGCCAGCAGAAAAAACCUGUCCCGGCUGGAGGAGCUCCAGGAGGAUCAGCUGGACCCCGAAUUCCAGGCCACCGCGCGCAGGUUCUGCGAUCACGUCUGGGACAAAGCCCGGCCCAUGAUGACCCUGGGGGGCCACCAGGUCACUGGGACGGCGCUGGGGAACCUGGCCCAGAGCUACGUGGCCAGCAUCAACAGCGGGGCGGUGCCCUGCAUCGAGAACGCGGUGCAGGCCCUGGCGCAGAUCGAGAACGCGGCUGCGGUGGAGGAGGCCCUGGCCCGCUACAUGGAGCUGAUGGGGCAGCGCGCCAAGCUGCCCACGGAGACCCUCCAGGAGCUGCUGGACCUGCACGCCCAGUGCGAGGGGGAGGCGCUGGCGGUGUUCACGGGACGCGCCUUCAAGGACAACGAGGACACGUUCCAGAAUCAGCUCAUGGGGGAUCUGGCAGCCAGGAGGGAGGAGUUCUGCCGUCAGAACGAGGAGGCGUCUGUGGCUCGCUGCCAGGCCCUGCUAGCAGAGGCCUUGAGGGAGCUGGAUGGCAAGAUCAGCGAUGGCUGCUACUUGGUGCCUGGGGGCCACCAGCUCUUCCUGGCCGACCAGAAGGAAAUGGAGGAGAAAUACCAGCAGGAACCUGGGAAAGGGAUAAAGGCAGACGAGGUUCUUGGGGAGUUCUUCACGUCCAAGGAGGCCAUGGUGGGAUUGAUCCUGCAAACAGACAAGGCCCUGACGGAGAAGGAGCAGGAAAUGGCAGAGCAAGCCCAGGCCCUGGCAGCAGAGAUGCAGCAGAAGCUGGAGACCGAGAAGCAGAGCACCGAGGAGAGGCUGGAGGAGCUGAAAGCGCUGAUGGAGAAGAAGCAGCAAAGGGAGAUUAAUGAGAAACUGAAGGAUGCGCUGGGGAGGGAGAAGUGGAAGAAGUUGUUCAACCAGGAGAUGCAAGAUCUCAAAGCCCACAAGGAGACCAACAAACAAGGAUGGCUGGAGAAAGUCAUAACAGUCUCCAGGGUCACUAGUAACAUCUCCUCCAUCGUUGUGAGAGAGGCAGAGUUGUGGAAGCUCUGCAGCACCGAGAAAUGUUUACCCUUGCCUUUACAAGGGGCAGUGGGAGCAGAAAGGCUGGAAAAAGUCAUAAGGGUCUCAACACUCACUAGUAACAUCGCCUCUGUCAUCGAGAUAGCGGCACUGUUGUGGAAGCAGUAGAGCAGCAAGGAAGUUUCAUUAUUUUCUUUAUGGAGCAGCUUGGGUGCAGGGUUCUCAAGUUAUCAAACAGGAGGGAAAACCCCAGUGAGGACACGGCCACAGGCAGGUGACCCUGCAGGGCAGAGAGUGGGCAAAUGCUUCAGCAGUGUUACGGAGCACGCUCAGUAGAAGCCAAGCAGCGAAUCUUGGGGGGUCGGUUUUACGUGAGUUUGCAGGUCUCAGCUUCCCGGCAGGGCUCAGUGGUGCAGUGACCCCCGCUGGGGUGACCCCUCCGGCUGCUUCGGCCGCAGUGGCUGGGGUGUGAUGUUAGGAUGCCCGGGGCCGCCCCCCAGGGCUCUCGGGGGCACUCACUGGGGUCCGUCCCGGUGGCACGUGGGAGGACAGGUCUGGCCUUCCCAGAAGUGGGAUUCGCCCGGUGGCUCAGCAUUAAAAUCAGCCAGGCCACAGGUCGGCAUCAGCCCAGCUCGUGCAGACAGAGGCAGCCCUGGGCAGCCAUGGAGGAGUGGGGAGGACGAGGGGAGCUCGAGAGGAGCUGGCCUGUGUCCGCGAUCCCCCAGCCGGGCCGGCCAGCUGGAGUUAAACGCCCGCCCGCGCCCGUGGGAGUGUUUGCCUGGGGGGACAGUGCGGGGAACUGCACCUUUGAGCAGCUUUGGAGACCCUGCCGGGAAGACGAGGCCGUGCAGGCAGCAGCUUAAUGGCAUCAGCUGAAGUUAAAGCUGGGGUGCAAGGGAACUUCAGGGGCUUGGGUGGGAUCUCGACUCUUUGACACUGCAAUUAA